AUGGGGACCAGCGCAACAUCUACAACGGUUCAAGAUGAAGCUGCUCGUCAAUCUUGCGAGAGGACAGGCGAAAGGGAGGAGCUUUUAUCUAUAACACGUGCGUUCUGGAGUCGAGAGACCACCCUGAGUAAGCUAUGGGUCGCCAAGUUGAGCUCUAGCGAGGUAGCCACAACUGACGUAUACACAUACAUCGGCAUCAUUGUUGAGGUCUUGAAUGAGGGUAUUCCCCGCUCUUCAUGGCUGAUUAUUGGUGACAAAUCAUCGCGAAGCCUGCACUCAUGGCUGAACCUUGCCUGGACCAUGAUCAUUGUCUGUGUAGUACAGGGGCUUCUGAUGACCGUUAAAUUUCUUGCAACUUCGACCAAGUGUUAG